CAUCAAUCUCCAUCAACCUUAUCGCAUCUCUUCUCUUCCCAUUCCCUCUCCCCAAUUCCACCCUCGAGCUGUGCCUGUCACAAUCGACGCGUUAAUAGACCACGGCCUUGCGCGAUCCUUUGCUGUCGAUACCGUCGUCGUGCCGUCGCUUAUCGCCACACCCGGGGCCUGUCGCCGCCCCAGCUGAAAAAUAAAAACAAACCAAUCCUUCGGCAACACCAGCCAUCUGAUUAGGUUCCCUCCUGCACUGCUCCUUGUCCACACCAUAGCGAGAUUCGAGCAAGCGCACGCGCUCCUCGGCGGCAAUUCCUGCACUAUUGUGAUACCCCGGUUGUUGUUUUUCUUCUUCAUUUCUCUUCUUAUCCCCCAUAAUGGCUUCGCCACCUAAGCCCUGGGAACGAGCUGGUGCCGGCUCAGCACCUUCACUUGCAAUCCCAUCCUCACCAGCCUCUGCAUCAUCAGCACCCUUAUCGCCUGCUUCAUCAGUCGCCUCCAUGGACGCACCACCGAUACCUGAGCUCCCUCCGUCGCUCGCGGCCCCCAUCAACCAGAACGCCGCUGCUCACACCCGCGUCGGCGCCAUGGGUGCCAUGGGAGCCAUGGGAGCCUCGCCCUAUGGUGGCUACAACAGUGCAUACUCAUCGCCCUACUCAAGUCCUUACUCGCGCUUUGGAGGCGCGUAUGGAGGAUAUGGCGGCGGAAUGUAUGGCGGAUACGGAGGCAUGGGCGGUAUGUACGGCGGCGGAAUGUAUGGUGGUGGUAUGGGCAUGGGCGACCCCAACAGCAUGGUGAACCGCUUCAGCAACGGCACCCAGGCCACUUUCCAGAUGCUCGAGGGUGUUGUCACUGCUUUUGGUGGUUUUGCGCAGAUGCUUGAAAGCACAUACAUGGCCACACACUCUUCCUUCUUUGCCAUGAUUUCUGUUGCUGAGCAAUUUGGCAACCUGCGCGACACUCUCGGAUCCCUACUCGGAAUCUUCACCCUCAUUCGCUGGAUCCGAACUCUGCUCGCCAAGCUCACUGGCCGUCCUCUCCCGGCCGAUGCCGCGUCCCUCAACCCCUCAGAUUUCGCUCUUUUCCAAGGUCGAUCUGGUAGCCCCGGUGGCGGUUCCUCCCAGCCUCCCAAGGCUAGCCGAAAGCCUCUCCUCUUCUUCCUGCUCGCCGCCUUUGGCAUCCCUUACCUCAUGUCCAAGGUGAUCAAGACCAUCUCCGCCAACGUCGAGGAGGAAGAGAGACGUCUGGAGCAGCAGGCCCUCGAGGCUCAGAAGCCUGUUGAUCCCUCCAAGCUGGAGUUCUGCCGUCUCCGUUUCGACUUCGCUCCCCAGCAGCCCAACGGCAUGGAGCUCGAGGGAAAGAAGGGUGACCUCGUCGCCGUCUUGAGCAAGAAUGACCCUGCUGGCCAGCCCAGCGAGUGGUGGCACUGCCGCAGCCGCGACGGCCGCCAGGGAUACCUGCCCUCCACCUAUCUCGAGGUCCUGAAGCGAUCUGCCGCCGAACCCAAGAAGCUCAAGGCUGCCCCCGACAGCAGGACCAACUCCCUGACCAGCUCAUCCUCUUCUGAGGAGGGCAAGAAGGAGUAUGCUACUGCCGACGGCAUGCAGAGGAGUCACUUCUACUCAUAAACACCCAAGUCUUUUCUACACUGUAAUGAUGAAAGUUGGCCAACCAAAGGCUACGCGAUUUGAUGCUCUGGCAUAGCAUUUCUCCUUUUCUAUAAUUCACUGGGCGUGCGCAGUUUUAUUUUCUUUUGUAGCUUGUCGUUAUUAAACCACGGGAGUUGAGUUUUUGGUCAUGUACUUUGCUACCACAUUAGCCCUCAUGUGUUAAUGCGCUUUUAAUGGAGAUGGGGAUGGGUCCCUCCAUUUUUCUUGUAUAAAAGUCGGCGUGUCUACUUUUUGUAUCAUCAGUUUUUAUACACGUUUUUAAAUCUACUUUACGAAGUUUGGAACCGC